AUGGCCUCCGAUUCCAAACUCCGUAAGUAUUUGACAUUUUAUGUACAUUAUAAUGGUUUAUUUGCACCAAAAGCAUUAGUGUACUUGAACUCUGUUGUUGUUUCAAUCGCUGAUGUUGAUUUUGGUGGAAUGGAUCUCAAAGAUUUUAAGUUGUUCAUUGAAAAGUUGAUUGAAGGCAGUUGCGAUAAUGUAUAUUAUUGCACUAGAAAUGAACCAUUGGCAGAGGGUAUUAGGAGAAUUGGGAAUGAUGCUGACUACUAUGAGUUUAUUGAAACGGGUUAUAGUGAUGAAGUUGGUCUAACAAUAAAUGUGUAUAUAGACCACGAAAAUGAACCUGUACUUGAUUGGGCUGAUAUGGAAGUAGUAGAAGAUGAUGAAGGGCAUUAUUCUGAGCCAGACAUGGACGAUGAUAAAGAGUCACAACUUUCUGAUGAUAUUCCAUAUGAGCAUGAAGCAGAUGGUUACAUUCCUUCUCUUGACAAAAAUGUUGGUGAUGAAUUCUUACACCGGGUGUCAGUGUACCCUGUCCAUAAUGAGAACCAGAAAUGGGACAAAAUGGUGCCAAUUCUAGGUAUGAGAUUCUCUAACCCUAUGGAAUUGAAAAAUUGUUUGACUAACUAUGCAGUGAAGAAUGGGUACAAUCUUUAUUAUGAGAAAAAUGAUAGUCACAGGUUAUUAGUGAGAUGUUGUAAAGAUAGCAAGAACCCCUCUUGUCCUUUUAGACUGUGGGCUUCCUGGAUGAGUAGUGAAAGGUCUUUCCAGAUUAAGUCCUUAGUUGAUGACCAUAACUGUUCAAGAGUCUUCAAACUUGGUUCCAUUGUAACAUAUAAAUGGAUUGGAAAACAUUUUAAGAAUCAACUUUUGAAGAACCCCAAAAUGAGCAUAAGGAAAAUGAAAGCCAAAGUGAGUACAAAGUUUAACUUGAUUGUUAGUGUGACUCAAUGUAGAAAUGCUAGGAGAUAUGCUUUGGAUGAGAUAGAGGGUAGCUUGAUAGAACAUUAUGGUAAAGUAUGGAGUUAUGGUGAAGAAAUAAUGAGGACAAAUCCUGGUUCAACAGUAAAGAUAGAUGUGGAUGUCAUGCCUGAUUCCACCACUUACUUUUCUAAAAUGUAUGUUUGUUUUAAGGGUGUGAAGGAUGGUUGGAUUGCAGCAUGUAGGAGGGUAAUAGGGGUAGAUGGUUGUUUUUUAAAGGGUAUAUGUAGAGGCCAACUGUUAGCAGCUAUGGGUAGGGAUGCAAACAACCACAUCUUCCCUAUUGCAUGGGCUGUGGUGGCAGUAGAAAAUAAGGAAACAUGGAAGUGGUUUCUUGACCUCCUACUAGAUGAUAUUGAAAUGGGAAUUGGUCAUGGAUUGACCCUCAUAUCAGACCAACACAAGGAAGAGACCACUCCUCACCAUGUUGGAAGAGAUUCGAUUUAUGCAAUGGAGAGGAUGUAUAGAAUGCUGCUAGAGGGACAAAGUUGGGAUUUUGGGGAGUUAUACCUUCUGGGGGUACAAAAAUAUGAGGUUAGGAUUGGAAAUGAUGGAUCUGCUGUGGACCUUAACAACAACACAUGUGGAUGUAGAUCUUGGCAAGUAUCAGGUAUCCCAUGUGUGCAUGCAGUGGCAGCUAUUUCAUACCUCAACAGGAAUGUAGAGGAUUAUGUUGAACCAUGGUUCCAUACAACCAUGUUCUUGACUUGUUACAACCAUACCAUUAACCCACUUAAUGGUAGUUCCAUGUGGCCUGAAGCUCCCUACAUGAAGCCAUUGCCUCCUCAAAAAAGAAGGUUACCAGGAAGGCCAACCCUUAAAAGGAAAAAGGAUCAAUCUGAGAUGGAAAGCAAAGGGAAAAGAAGGCAUACUAUCUCAAAAGCUGGUUCAGUUAAUAGAUGCACUAUUUGUAGAGAAAGGGGCCAUAAUAGAUCAACAUGUCCUACUAGACCAGCAGAUGUAGCAUCCACUUCAAGGCCAAAAAACAAGAAACCUAAAAAAUGUAAAAAAGAGAAAGGUAAAGUGGAACUAGUUCAAGUGGAUCCAGUUCAAGCAGAUCCAGUGGAUCCAGUUCAAGUACCAGCUCCAAAUGUUGAACCAAUUCAAGCAGAUCCAGUGGAUCCAGUUCAAGUACCACAUGUUGAACUAGUUGAUGAUCCAACUCCACAUGUUGAACCAGUUCAAGUAGAUGAUCCACAUCCAAAUGUUGAUGUCCCUGCUCAACCAGUUGCAACUAGGAAGAGGAUACGAAAAUACUCAGAAAGAAUUACCAAGAUAGGGUUGAGGAGGAAGGUUUUGAAGAAAGAAGGAAGCACUGGACACAACCCAAUGGUGUUGGAAUGA